AUUAACAGAAUAAGAAAUAUUUUAUUAGAAUCUUUUGUUUGGAAUUGUAAGUUUGAAAUUCGUUGAACCCUUUAGAGGAGUGGUUAUUUGACAAAUUGUAAAGGAGAAAGAAAUGUAGUCAGAUUGAAAAGUUUUUGUAAAUUCUGCACCAUCAAUCGUUUUCAAACAGUUAUCUGUCGCAAUGAUUUAGACAAAAGGUAUGUUUCUAGUACCUGGAAAAUCUUGUUUGGAAGGAACUUUGCUGAGAUGUGGAAUGCCCUGGCAGAUAUUAGUUAUGUAUUCUUAUCACAUUGACAUUGUUGCAAGAUAUUGUAUAAUUCCAUUGCAGUAUGUUGUCCACAUAGGAAUGCUUCUUUUUGAGUCAUUGGCUCUAAACGCAAACGUACCUGACUUUGAGUCAUCCAGAAACUUUCUUGUGACUACUACUCUCCUCAGGGAAUGUUAGGUUGAGUUUUUACUAUGGCUACUCCGGUAUAUUUUGAUAUAUGCAAUAUUUGGAUAGUUAACAAACACAAAAAGUUAUAACCUCAAACUUUGCCAUUCAUUGACUGGGUCUACACACAAGUGCCAAGGAUUAUAUCGAGUCAUUGAGUAUUAGAAAACAUACAAAUAGGGACACAAUUUACGGGGUAAAGUUUAGAGUACUGUUAAAGUAAAGGAGCUCAUAGAGAGAGUAUCUCAAACGGUUGCUGAAAGAUUGAAAGUUGCAAAGAUCGUCCCUUUCCAGAUUCAACCCUAUAGUUCUCUUCAAAUGAAAGUCAACAGUGAAAAGUUAUAAGAGUAUUCGUUAAUAGCACUGUUAGAUCAUUUAUGUUUCUAGUUUCCAAAAAAAGAAGAAGAAGCAGAGCAGUCUUUCUACUACAAGAGCUUAAGUUCCAUUGUUUCCUAAUUUUUUGUUUUAUAAUUAUCCAUUCGAAGAACCCACCACUUGUCAUCAUAACAAGGUAAAUGUCCAUCGGCAAUCUUACCUAGUUAUACAGUAUUGAAAAGAAUGAGACUUUCUGCCGAUUUGAACAACGCUAUGUGUACGAUUGCAAUCUUGCUUUAGCAAUGUUAUCUUUUUUUGCAAGAGUUUGCUAAAUGGGAAUGUUUUAAAAUCAUCUAUAAAAAGAAUUGUAAAAGGAUUGCUCAGAUGUUUCUGCU